AGAAAAACCAAAACGUGUAAGUAUGCAGGAUAAAGGCACAUUUGUCAGUUCUUUUCCCAGACCUCGAUGUCUGGCUGCAGCGGCGCCGGCGGGGAAAGCGAAAUUAACUCACCCGGGAAAGGCUAUUCUGGCUGGUGGAAUUGCAGGUGGCAUAGAGAUCUGCAUCACCUUCCCCACAGAAUAUGUCAAAACCCAGUUACAACUGGAUGAGAAGGCCAAUCCACCCAAAUACAGAGGAAUAGGUGACUGUGUGAAACAGACGGUACAGGGUCAUGGUGUUAAAGGACUGUACAGAGGUCUCAGCUCACUGCUGUAUGGAUCCAUCCCCAAAUCUGCUGUCAGGUUUGGGGUGUUUGAAUUCCUUAGCAACCGGGCAAAGGAUGAGUCUGGUCGACUGGAUAGCACCAGAGGCCUGCUAUGCGGGCUUGGAGCCGGGGUGAUGGAGGCUGUUUUAGUGGUCUGUCCUAUGGAAACCAUCAAGGUUAAAUUCAUUCAUGACCAGACUUCAGCCAACCCCAAAUACAAGGGCUUCUACCACGGAGUCAAAGAGAUCAUCAGGGCUCAAGGAUUAAGAGGGACAUACCAGGGUCUCACUGCCACGGUCCUUAAACAGGGCUCCAACCAAGCUAUUCGAUUCUUUGUGAUGACCUCGCUCAAGAACUGGUACAAAGGUGAUAACCCAAAUAAAGCCAUCAAUCCCUUGGUGACUGGAGCCUUUGGAGCCAUAGCAGGAGCUGCCAGUGUCUUUGGAAACACCCCACUAGAUGUCAUCAAGACAAGGAUGCAAGGUCUGGAAGCGCAUAAAUAUAAAAACACAGUGGACUGUGCUUUAAAGAUCCUGAGAUAUGAGGGCUUGGCAGCUUUCUACAAAGGGACAGUUCCUCGGCUGGGUCGUGUGUGCCUGGAUGUGGCCAUAGUUUUCAUCAUCUAUGAGGAAGUGGUGAAGGUCCUGAAUAUGGUUUGGAAGACUGAAUGAGCUGUUGGACGCACAGAGAGGGCAGUGGCGUCCUGCUUCCCAGGCAUCAGACACAGAUCUGAGUUCUGCACACCUCCUCUGUAUCCUAAAACCAGCCCUGGGGGGGUGGGGGGUUGAGAAAGAGAAAUGAACUUAGAUCAGUGUCAUAUGCUAACCAGGAAGUUAAAGGGGUACAGGAGGGGUGCAGAGAACAAAGAGGCUCAGUGUCGCCCACAUCUGGACAGCCGGAGUGUGUGCAGACUGUGCUGCUCAGCACGAAGGGUUAAUUUCACCAAGUUGGAUUAUAAAGUCAGCCAAAUGAUUAUGAAAAAAAAGGUGUUUCAACCCAGAGAUGCAUCAUCAGUUUCUAAAUGUGAACCAAAAAAAAAAAUAUUAAGGUAAUAAAAAACAACAACUAUUGCUUAUAAACAACAUAUUUGCAUGCAUUUCAGCCUUUUUUCGUGUCAUCUGGUUCACUUUUUAUGUAAACCUACUUUGUAAAAUACCCUUCUUCAUUGAUGGACAUCAUUUCUGGUUAGCCACAGCUGUUUUACUGAUGUUUACUGUCAGUAUGCUGGUUUCAUACUGGGUUUUCUUUCGUUAGCGUUGCUCUCUGUCUCCUCUUGUGCCUAAUAUGGUUUUAAAUCCAGAGGAGCCAGACUGCAGCUGGUUGCAGUUAUAGUAACUUAAACUGCCAUAACUUCCAUGAGUAGGCCUUUAAUAGAAUGAUUUUACAUUCGUAAUAUGCCAGUUAGUUUUAUACAGUCUAGAUUCUAAUUUACUUCAUUACCAGCAUUAUAUUUUUUCUGUGAAGUGAGAUAUAUUUUAUUCCUGUGCCAAAUACCAAACCUGUUAUACUAUGAAAAUGUGUUCAGAGUAAGAACAUUCAAAAGUAGCCUGAUGAUCUUUGCAAGAGAACAGCAGAUAUUGUGACUUUUAUUGUGAUUUUACAAAUGUAUUUAUUGAAAGUUGAAUGUUGAAAUAUGUUGAGAGGCUAUAUUCUGUUAGCUUGUAACUUGUGAUUUGGUCUGAGUAUAAAGGUGUUAAAAGAUGUUAAUAUUUAAUUGCUGUAUUUCACUGUGAGUCUAAAUGACGUUACUACUCUGAGUCAUACUGACAAAAGUAACCAAACCUCUUCUCACCGUUCAGUGGAAGCACUACUGAUCAUUGUUAUCAACAUUUGUCUUCUGUUUACAUUAGAGGCAGUUUCUGCUUCCCACACAAAAAGGUUCCCAGCAUGGGGGUCGGGGCCCCUCCAGUGGGUCACAAGAUAAAUCUAAGUUGUCGAGAUAAUUAAUUCUAAAGGCAAUAUGAAAAAUGUUCUUUCGCAUUUUUCUGUUCAUUUUUUCGAGAAAUAACUCUGGGGUUGAGACAUUAACGAGGGGUGACGAGGGGUCACAAUUAGACAUUGCUUCAUUUACUGUGAAAGAAUCAUCCACCAGAGAUGUUGGGAGUCACGAUCUGCUCGAGUCCAUUUCCUCACCGCUUUCAUUCAGGGUUUGGUUUUACUUCUCACUCAUGUGCCUUUUAACAGUUUGUUUGCUGAAACUUGAGAAGUAUCCUCAUUUAUUAUCGACCUAUUAAACUCUUUAAUCAUC